CUCUGGGAUCCAGCAGUCCCGGAGCUGUCACAGAAAAUACUCUCUGGAACUUUAGCUGCUGAAAUGUACCUCAGCCUUGAAGGGAUCCUUUUCAUUUAGAGCCCGUGUCUUCUCUUAAGUAAUUGAUCAUCGUGCACCCGGGGACACCCAAUUCACAGCCGAGUGGGAUCAGCCUUCAUGAAUAAUCAAAAUGUCGUGGCCAUGCUGCUGCAGGAGUGCAAGCGAGCUCUGGACAAGCUCCUGUUGGCAAAGGCUGACACGAGCAAGGAAGAGGAGCGAGAAUACAGGUGGUGCCAAGCCUUGCUUCCUGAGGACUUGAGGACUCUUCUGGAGGAGGCAAAGGAAAUGAAGUGGCCCUUUGUGCCAGAGAAGUGGCAAUACAAACAAGACCUCGUCCCAGAAGACAAAACAAAUCUGCAAGAUAUGAUCAGCGCGAGGCUCCCUGAUUUGCUGGUUUAUUUGAAAGCCUCCAUCAUGGUCAAGGACUGCCUAACGGCAACUGCUAUUGUGUUCCUGAUUGACCGGUUCCUCUAUUGGAUUGAUGCCUCCAGCAAACUCCUCAGGAUUGCCAAGGGUCUGCACAGGCUGCAGCCCACUACACCGAUCAGUCCUCAGGUGCUCAUCCGCCAGGCUCGCCUCUCCGUCAACACAGGUAAACUUUUAAAGGCUGAAUAUAUCCUAAGCAGCCUUAUUAAUGACAAUGGAGCAACAGGUACCUGGCGAUAUGCUAAGGAAAGCGAUAGGAUUCUCGUUCAGUCAGUCUGCUUACAAAUCAGAGGACAGAUUCUACAAAAGCUUGGGAUGUGGUAUGAGGCAGCAGAGUUGAUUUGGGCUUCGAUUGUGGGAUAUUUCCAACUUCCUCAACCAGAUAAAAAGGGAAUUGCUACUUCCUUGGGUAUUAUGGCAGACAUCUUUGCUUCCAUGAGUGAGAAGGAUUAUGUACGCUUUAAAACCAAUGCUGAGAUUGACAUGAGCUUUUUCAGGGAGUCCAGUCAUCGCUUCUUAUCAGCUGCUGAGGCCUGCAAACUAGCGGCAGCCUACAGCCAGUACACCCCACUGUUUGUCCUCACGGCUGUGAACAUCCGUGGGGUGUGUUUGCUGUCCUAUAGUCAUUCCAGAGACUGUCCCCCAGAAAAGAGAAAGGUCUACUUGUCUGAAGCCAAGGAAUCCUUUGAGAUUGGCCUCCUUACCAAGAGUGAUAAGAGUCCCAUCACCAGCAAGCAGGAGCUCCAUAGCUUUAUUAAAGCUGCUUUCUGCCUCACAACUGUGCAUCGGUGGCUCUAUGGGGAGAGCGAGAAACUCCAAGAGGCGAGGCAGCUAUGCAGAGAUGCCAUGGGAAAACUGCAUUCAUACAGCACUUCAUUUGUAGAAGAGGAAGAGAAAGGAAUGCUUGCCAAAGAGAUCAUGUCUCUGAUCACAUCCAUGAAGAAGCACUUGCAAGUGGAAAGCUUCCCUAAUUCUGAUGCCAGGUCUUACGUUCCAGACAGUUAUAAAAGCACAAUGGAAAAACCUAUCCUGCGAGGGGAAGCCAGCUUUGAGAAAAUCCUUGCUGUGCAUUCUCAGCAUCAUCUGUCAGUAUGUGAAGUGUUUGAAAAUACUUGCAGGAUUCAUAAAACCACACCAGGAGAAACCCAAGUGGGAGUGUGUAUUACAACCUUAAGAACAGAAACCAAAACCAUAGACACUGUGUGUACUACUGAAGAAGUAGCAAGCCAGAGAAAAGGAGCUGCAAAAAUGCUGAAUUCAACAACAGCAGGAAGUGGCUCAGAGAGACUCAGUGGUGGGGGAAAUAAAUACAUUGGUUCUGAUGUGAUGAAAAUUUCCUUCGAUGAAGCAAUUGAGCCAUUAGAAAUAGAAAAAAAUGGUGAAAACAAUGUUUUCAGCAAAUGGCAAAACAGGAGUCAAACCACGACUUCAGAGAGUUCUUGGUUCAAGCUGUCAAAAUCCAGUUACUCUUCCAGCUGGGAGGAACUAAACUAUAGUGGCAGCAAAGAGUUUUCCAGGGAAAGGCAGCAGCAGGAGAGGGGCUCAGCAGAGAAGAGGUGUUGUACGACAGAAUCUGAUGAAAAUGGUCAAGCUGCAUGCUUGAGCUCAUUGUCUUCCCAUGCCUGGCAUCCUUCUGCCCAAGAGCCUCUACGUAGCUGUUGGGGAUCUCCUCAGCCUUCCCUUGAAGCAGAUACACCCCCAUCUGGGAGGCUGGUAGAUAAGGCAUCUCUUCAUGGAGAAGAGCUGUGGGACAGAAGACACCGUGGAAAGAGCUCUUCAGAAGAGAAAGCAGGGGACGUGAACAACAGAGCUGCUUCCCUCUCCACUCCUUCCUCUGCUCCUGGCGAGGAGGGGGAGGAGGAGGAGUGUUCCUCGCGUGUGGAGGUGGGCUGCAGGACCAAGGACAGAGGCGGGGCGGGCAGCGGCGGGGGCGCCGCGUCCCAGCCGCAGAGACAGUUUGUGUGGGUCGACCCAGAAGGAGAAACUGUAGAUGACACAGAAGAUCCCUCGAUUGAGGCACGUCCACCCACAAAUUGGUAUGCUUCUGUCCUAUCGACGAGCAUCGAGCCAAAAAUGGCCAGUGACUCCUCUGUGUGCAACUGGCUGAGGAAAUCUGCUGUGGUGGGAGACAGAUCUCUCAAAGCGCCUGAAGUUGACACCCAAGCAGAAACAAUAGAUGAUACUGAAUUUGAUUUUGUCAAUAUUGGAGACGUAGUAAACAAUUAUCCUAUGGCAUCUGUUCCAAAGCACCAACCAGCUCCCAGUGCAUCAACAGCUUUGCCCGUUGGGAAAAAGAUAUCCACACCCAAGUGCUUUGACUGUGACACUACUGAAGAAGAUGAAGAAAAAUCUCAGGACAUGGUGAGCGGCAAGAGACAAUCCGGUUCAUCUCUGAGUUCAGAGUACAAAUCAGCACAGAUGCCCAAGAGUUCCCCUGAAGGUGCAUCCCUGAACCCAAGGGGAAGCGGGUUUCUCUUCAUGCCUGGGAGAGCAAAGGAAGAAAUCCUUGAUGCUCGAUUUCUGAGAGAUGAUGAUUACGUGCAGCUUCUGGCAGGGGUAGAACAUGAUUGGCUUGUCCAGAGACUGAAGCCUACUGGAAUUUUUAAGUCUAAACAGCUCCGUAAAGCAUACUCUGCUCUUCUUUUGAAAUACUCAAAGAAAUCAGGCCUCUGGACAGGACAAGAAACGACUGUAUUCAUUGGGGACUACUUGAAUGUAGCAAAGGAAGGCAAACAGAGAAAUGCGUUUUGGAUACAUUUCCUGCACCAAGAAGAAAGCCUGGGAAGAUAUGUUGGGAAGGAAUAUAAAGAAGAAAAAGGACUUCUCCAUCAUUUCAGUGAUGUGGAACGGCAAAUGACUGCUCAGUACUAUGUGACAGAGUUCAACAAAAGGCUGUAUGAGCAAAAGAUUCCCACCCAAAUCUUUUAUAUCCCAUCUGCAGUACUCCUGAUACUGGAAGGCAGAACUAUAAAAGGAUGUGUGAGUGUGGAGCCCUACAUCCUCGGGGAGUUUGUGAAGCUGUCCAAUAACACAAAGGUAGCAAAGAAUGAGUACAAAGCCACAGAGUACGGUCUGGCCUAUGGACAUUUCUGCUACGAGUUUUCCAGUGGAACAGACGUUGUUGUUGAUCUACAAGGUUGGGUGACAGGUAACGGGAAAGGCCUCAUCUACCUCACUGACCCUCAGAUUCAUUCUCUGAAUAGCAAAGACAUUUCACGCUCCAACUUUGGAAAGAAAGGUAUCUAUUACUUCUUUCAAAAUCAGCACGUGGAAUGCAACGAAAUCUGUCACUGCCUUUCUUUAUCAAGACCUUUAGUGACAAUGUAGACUUGUACAAGACAGUCGUACAAACCUGGACACUCUUUUAUCCUACACAGUUUUAGGGGCACAUUGUCUUUGUGAGAACAGAGUUGCUGAGAUGAUACCCAGGUGGGUCAGGUCAGUCAUUACUUGCACAAGAAUGACAGGUUCUGGUCUUUGCAUCCAGGCUAGUAAUACCAUGUUACCAUCUUGUGUACCAUCUGAACCUCAUGUUGUUAUAGCCAUCUGUAAGAAUUAACAGAAGAACAUACUAAGAGUAAUUCAAUUCCCAAAUUCAGCUGGAGGUGUACUAUGAGAUUUUGUAAACUUCUAAUGCAUUGAGACCCAGUAAUGGCAAUAGGCACCAUCUGCUCUCUGGAAAUGGACUAUGAAAUAGAAUGAGACAGAAGCAGAGAGCUGCAUUUCAACCACUUGUAAACAUUUUAAAAACUUGUAUAAAUGCUUCAGGAGAACAAAUGGUAAUGUUUCAGUUUGAUUAAAAAAAUAACAAAGUUUCUUUCAGAGGUAUAUAUAUGUAUGUGUAUCUGUGACCACACAACAUUCAAACAGAUGGAAAUCUGGUUUUGACUGUAACAGCUGAGGAAGCUCUGCGGCUCUGCAGUGGAAAAAUAAUGUUCUUGAACCAAGAGAUGCUUUACGUGAAUAAUUUAGGACUGCUACAUUUAACAUACCCUCAGAAAACUUUCCCAAGAGAAAAGCAGCUCUCAUUUAAGAACAUAUCUUCUGCCUGUAAGGACACUGUGAACACCACAGAUCUGGUGUCUGAUUCUAUAACUAAUUCCCAGAGAUAAUCUCACUUGACUGAAGUGUGCCUGCUUGUACAAAGGAGUGGUUCUGCAGGGAUUCCAGCAUCUAAUGACCACAGAGUAAGCAGCCUCGGUACCAGUUUUGGUUCCAACUAGGCAGGCAAAGCACUCCCUAGGGCUCUUUGAGCCUCUGUCAUACAGACUGACAGAGCUGCAACGCGGAAAGUGUUCAGAAACGGGAAGUGCCUUUCCCAGCUAUGUCCCCGGCUGAAGCAGACAGAAGGAGACUUGCCAUUUAAUGCCCAUAACAAGGACACCAUGGACUAUGCAUUGUGCCUUGGCACUGGUGGAGGCACAGCUUGUAGAGCUUCUAACUUGCUGUUAUUCUGACACAU